AUGUUAGGCAAACGUGCCCGCAGUUACGCUGAAAAUAGCGGGAGUUCUUUGGAUAAGAAAUAAAAGACAAGCACUCAGGUAAAUGUGCCUCUCGAUAUGUAAAGUGUAUCUACUAGGACUCAGUCUAAAUGCAAUACUCCCGAUGACUUAAUAAGUUAAGCUCUUCCUAAUGUUACCCUAAUUAAUACGAACGAAGGAAAUUAAUAAACAGGAAAAAACGAGAAGGUAAAAAUGACUUUGAAGCAGCAAUUAAUAUAUCUUUACAGCACUCUAAUUGACGAGUACAACUGCAAUCAUUAGCAAGAUCUAGACAGCGAAACAUAGGUGGAGAUUUACACUCGUGACAGAGAGAAGAAAUACAUCGCCGACUUCAUAAACGAGAGUAUUAGAAGCAAAAAAUCGUCUCUUUUAUAUUUGUGCGGACAUCCCGGAACUGGAAAAACUUCAACUCUCCACCACGUACUCUCCAAAGUUAAACAAAAUUAAUCCAAUAGUCAGCUAUACUAGAAUUGCGAGAUUAUGCUUUACAAUGCUAUGUCAUUCAGAGAUGUGAGGAAGUUCUGCUUGCGUCUACUCAAAGAUUUAAGCUUAAUAUUAACUGGAGAAGCAUUCGAUGAAUCCAGCCACAGCAAAAAUAAGAUUGAUGAUGAAGAUCUAUCAAACUUAAUUGCAAAGACAUUGAUUAUUAAACCCAAUCUAACCAAGAUCAUAGUAAUAGACGAGAUAGAUACUUUUGAGACCUACUAGAGUUCAUUUUUGACAAUGGUUAAAGCAAUAUUAGCGAGCAAGUCUAAUACAGUUCUGAUCGGAAUUGCUAAUUCUGUAGACCUACCAUUUAAGAAGAAGCACUCAGCAAUAGCAAUGAGAGAUCUUUAGUUGCUGUUCGAGCCUUACGACGAAGAACAAAUAAUCGAAAUCCUUGAGAAAAAGACCAAUAUGAAGUAUAACUCUCUUCCAGAGAUAAUGAGGAAGAAUGAGGAUAUUAAGGAUGUGUUUUUCGAUUUAUUGGAAGAAAAGGCUUCCAAGUUCAUUGCAGUUAAGGUAUCUAGAAUGAACGGAGACUUGAGAGUUGCCUUCGACCUCGUGAAAAGUUGCUUCGUCUACUUGCAGAAGGAAUUAAUGAUGGACAACAGUGAGGAAGUUGAUAUCAAUAAGUAAUAAGUCAAGAGUCUAAUGGUUGCCAAAGUUUUUGAAUUAAAGUAUGGUUCCAAACUGCCCGAGACUCUCAGAAAAUUGCCAAGAUAAAAUCUCAUUAUUUUAGAAGUCAUAGCAAACUUAUAUGAGAAUGAGAGUGAAGAUAGAAAAUUUACAUAUCACGACGUAUACAAUAAACUAGGUUUGAAGUGUAAAGAGCACGGUUUGGGGAAAAUUGCUUAUAGUGAGAUGGACUCAGUAAUGGAGGUGCUUCAAAAUUAUAAUAUUAUUGAGAUAGACAGAGCAAGCAAGCUGAAAGAUUCGAAGACCUAGAAAUUCUGCCUUAAGGUCGAGACAGCUGAACUCUUUACAGCUCUUAAUAAUAUUAUCUCGAUGAGAGGGGGCAUCAGUGAGUCACCAAGCAAAAAAUGA